AUGGAUUAUUCCUACGACGAAGACCUGGACGAACUGUGUCCCGUCUGCGGGGAUAAAGUCUCGGGGUACCACUACGGGCUGCUGACCUGCGAAAGUUGCAAGGGCUUCUUCAAGAGGACCGUGCAGAACAACAAGCACUACACGUGUACCGAGACCCAGAACUGCAAGAUCGACAAGACGCAGCGGAAGAGGUGUCCUUACUGCCGUUUCCAGAAGUGCCUGGCCGUGGGGAUGCGGCUGGAAG